AUGCAGAUCUUCGUCAAGACCCUUACGGGUAAGACGAUCACCCUCGAGGUUGAGUCCUCGGACACCAUCGACAAUGUGAAGUCCAAGAUCCAGGACAAGGAGGGCAUUCCCCCGGACCAGCAGCGCCUGAUCUUCGCCGGCAAGCAGCUCGAGGAUGGCCGUACCCUUUCGGACUACAACAUCCAGAAGGAGUCGACCCUCCACUUGGUCCUCCGCCUCCGUGGUGGAGCCAAGAAGCGCAAGAAGAAGGUGUACACCACCCCCAAGAAGAUUAAGCACAAGCGCAAGAAGACCAAGCUAGCUGUUCUCAAGUACUACAAGGUUGACGGCGAUGGCAAGAUCGAGCGCCUUCGUCGCGAGUGCCCUCAGCCCGAGUGCGGCGCUGGUGUCUUCAUGGCUGCCAUGCACAACCGCCAGUACUGUGGUCGUUGUCACUUGACCUAUGUCUUUGACGAGGCCAAAUAA